AUGGGACAGUUCAACAGAUCAACGAAACUGCUAAUGAGUGCUGGCAGCAGUGAAGAAGAUAUGGACGACAUUAUUGAUGAAAUCUGUAAUGACAGCAGCUUUGCCAAAACACCUCUGAAAUUGAAGUCUGACUCUGCAAGUCUCACACCUGAGAGCAACAGUGCUGUUGUACAGGCUCAUAGGAAAAGAUGCUGUCCAGUGUACCUAGGUGGAAGCUCUUCGCCAUAUGGCAUAGGAACAAAUGUUUCAAAAAGAACAUGUGAUCAACUACGUUGUACUGCUUGUGACUUCCAUGUGUCACUUUUCAAUGACUACAUCUGGGAUCAGUCCUGUGAUUAUCUUUUUUUCAGGAAUAACAUGCCUGAGCUCAGUAAACUAAGAGCGAAGAUGAUAAAGAAGAAAGGAGCACGAGCAUAUGCUUGUCAGUGCAGCUGGAGAUCCAUUGAUGGACUAACCGACCUCCAAACAGACCAGCAGCUUCGGUGGGUUUGUGGUAAACAUGCAGAAUGAAGUCCUCUUCUGUGUGAUACCUACUUGUGUGGAAACAGGUCAUAAACUCAAGUUGUUUCCCACACGGAUUUCUGAGAACAGAUGGAAACCUGAAUACUUAAUCUAGAAAUAGAUUAUAACACCCAGACUUCAACCUGAAAACUUUUUUCAGUUUAACUGUCUUGCAACCAAUAUGGGGAGUUGAAUUAUUAGAAGAAACAAUCAGUUUGGAGGCUUUCUGGAAGCUAAAUGAGGUUAAAGCUCAUACUCAGUACUGUUAAAGAAAGGAAGAGAAAAUUGACAGAUUUAGGCAUGGGGCAAAGCACCUUGAAACUGUUCCUCAUAUCUAGCAGAGAGCCUUAUUUCCCAUGUCUGCUAAAUCUUGGACUCAAAAUGGUGGGUUGGGAUGCAGCCAUGAUACACAAGCGUAUGAAUUCCUGCACGGAAAUUAAUACUGCUGUUCUGCUUUGCUCAUAGCUGUUAAUGAGCAAGUGGUUGUAGAUCUCUUAAAAAAUUACUGCGAGAUCAGCUCUCACCUCCAAGGUUUCAGCACACCCCAAAACUUUACUUUCUUUUACCCACCAGUAGCCAAAAACUGCAGGUGCUGGAAAUUUCCUUCCAGUUCCUACUGCUUUCUUCAAAGCACUUUCUGCUGACUAAAGACUUUUACCACAGUGAAUUUCUUGGACUUCCCUUCAGCCUUCACUGCAAGAGGUGAUCAAGUUAUUGUGUAAUUAUUAAAUAUUGUGUAAUUUUAAAGAGAUUCUGAAGAAUAUAUGACUCUUGUAACAAU